AUGGCGACCUCCAAACUUCCAAUUCUUGCACUCCCUCAUCCACUCAUUCUUCUCCCAGCUUCUCGCUUUACGAUGCCAGUCUCCAAGGAAAUAGGGGAAACACUGCUCACCCUCAUCGAAGAGUCCGACGCACUACCAAUUGUUGCAGCGAUUCCGAUAACAAACCCGCCAUCUGAGCCCGUUCUCCCCGUUCUGUCUGAAUGGGGCACAGCUGCUCGAGUUCUGCGCCUCGUCAAGCCGCCGGCUCGGAAUCCGCGACAACCUUACCUGGUUUCGCUACAUGGGCUCACGCGAGUUCGAUUGAUAAAUCUCUCAACGAAGAAAGUGAACCUCGAAGAUCUCCAGCAGGUGCACAUGCGCGACGUCGAAUAUCCGCCCACGGAACAGGUGCCAUCUCGUGAAGCCGCGCAGAAGUUCAAGCAGAGUGCCCUGCGCUUACUCGACCGGCUCGCAAAGGACUCGCUGCAGCAAUCGCGCAAGGAUGGGUACAACAAGAUCGCCAACAUGCUGGACGACAUCACGGAUGCGAGGACGCCAUGGAUGGCUGACGUCCUCAUCGGAAGUGUCAACGGUGAAUACAACGAUAAACUAGCCAUCCUCGGAACCCCGGACUCAGAAGCACGACUUCAACUCGCCACCGAAAUCUUCAUCAAGCAGGCGUCGAUAUCCGAGGUGUCGAAGAAGAUUGCCACUGCCGUCGAUGAGAGUCUAUCGAAGCAGCAGAAGGAGUUCUUCCUCCGACAGCAGCUAGCCGCUAUUCAGCGCGAGCUCAACGUGCUGCAGCGAUCCAGUGGCAGCCUGUCCUCUAACGGGACGCCAAACGACGCUAGCUCAGGCGGUUCCAGCGAGCUAGACGACGAUGAGCAGGCGGAAGCAGAUGAUAUGGCUGAAUUGCGGCGGAAGAUCGAGGCCAUGGAGGCAGGCUCUGAGGAACGGAAGAUGGGUGUCAGAGAGUGGAGGAGAUUGAAGCGGAUACCUGCUGGCAGCGUGGAGAAUGGGGUUAUUCGGUCUUAUCUUGAAUGGCUCACUUCAGUGCCGUGGCCCAACUCGACACCUCUUCCUCUUCCUUCGACAGCUGACAGCAGCGGAUCGCCACAGUUAACACAACUACCCGAUCUCAAGGACAGGUCCUUCCUCACCACUGCUCGUGCCCAACUCGACGCGGACCACUUUGGUCUUGAGAAGAUCAAGAAACGUCUCAUUGAGUACCUGGCUGUGGUCAGACUGAAAGAGCUGAAUGCAGAGAAGGAAGCCGCUGAGGAGCGUCAACGCAUCGAGGCGGAGGCUAAGGCAAAAGUUGAUACAGCGGCCAAACCCGGCCUAGUAGAGCAGCCUGCCAAGCCGAGCAAGGAGGUCGUUCUGUACGACAAGAGUCAAGCUCCACUACCAGCGAAGUCCAUCCAUGUUCGCAAGAAGGGUGUGAAAGGCCCCAUCCUACUGUUUGUUGGGCCCCCGGGGACAGGAAAGACCUCGCUCGGGCAGUCGAUCGCGAAAGCCCUCGGUCGGCCUUUCCAACGGAUAUCACUAGGUGGUGUCCGCGAUGAGGCGGAGAUUAGAGGCCACAGGCGGACGUACGUUGCCAGCGGGCCCGGCUUGAUCGUGCAGGCGCUGAGGAAGGCGGGCAGGAGCGAUCCUGUCUUACUUUUGGACGAGAUCGACAAGAUUGGUCAGAGCAACUUCCACGGUGAUCCUGGUGCUGCGUUGCUGGAGGUUUUGGACCCGGAGCAGAACCACGCAUUCAAUGACCACUACAUCAACGUGCCUAUCGACCUGAGUCAGGUCCUCUUUAUAUGUACUGCCAACUCUCUCGAGACCAUCUCUGCGCCACUGCUGGACCGCUGCGAGAUUAUCCAGCUCAGCGGGUACACGUAUGAUGAAAAGAUGCACAUUGCCCGCCGUUUCCUCCUUCCGAAGCAGCUCACGGCCAACGGACUUGAGCCAUCCCAUGUCACAAUCACUGAACCCGCUCUUCUUCGCGUGGCGACACGUUACACCCAAGAGGCUGGUGUGCGCAGCCUCGAACGGUCCAUUGGGGCGGUGGUGCGGUAUAAGGCGGUCGAGUGGGCUGAGCACCUGGAUUUGGUUAAGCAAGGUGACCCAGCGGCGCGUAAGGAAUGCCUGAGUGUCGUUGAGGAGCACGAGCUUGAGAAGAUUCUGGGCAUCGCGAGGUGGGAUGGCGAGGAGCGGGAGAGGGAGGAGAGAAGGGGUGUGGUCUACGGUCUUGUCGUUAUGGGACAAGGCGAGGGCGGCAUCCUGCCUGUCGAGACGAUCGCGCUGCCCGGGACGGGCAAGCUAAAGCUGACGGGAAGUCUGGGCGACGUCAUCAAAGAGAGCGGAGAGCUAGCUUUGAGCUGGGUGAAGAUGUAUGCGUAUGAUCUGUGCAUCACCAAUUCCCGCUCGGACGACGCGCUGAAGGUCCCUGAACCGAUCGACAUCCACCUCCAUCUUCCUGCAGGCGCCCAGAAGAAGGAUGGCCCUAGUGCUGGCGUUACAAUGGUCUGUGCCUUUGUCUCGCUGUUGACAGGCGCCUGCGUCCCAACCAACGUUGCGAUGACCGGAGAGAUCACUUUGCGGGGUCGGGUCACUCCUGUUGGUGGGAUCAAGGAGAAGGUUCUUGGUGCCCAUCGAGCGCAGGUGACGAAGGUCAUCCUGCCCUGGGCGAACCGGAAGGAUGUGGAACACGAUGUUGCUCCUGAGAUCCGGAACGAGAUGGAGUUCGUGUUCGUGCGGACAGUGCGGGAAGCUCUCGAGGCAGCCUUCGGUAAGGGUGUACUUGGGUGGCGGAGGGAUGCAUUGCUACUUGAGAGCCGACUGUAG